AUGUCUCUAAACGAAAAACAUAAACCAGAAAAUUCAAUUUCAGUAGAUAUUGAAUCCUAUUCGUUGGAAGAAAAAUACUAUGUUAUUCAGCUAAAAAAAGUGUUUGACGAUCUAAUGGACCUUCAAUCUUUAUUAGAUAAAAAUUUUAUUUCUUAUAUUACUGUAUGUGUUAUCUCACUUACAGUUGGAGUUGUGUUUUCAGUUUCAGAUAAAGAUAGUAUGAAAUCAUUAAGCAGCAAAGUUCUUUCAACCACUAUUUCUGGAAUAGGAGGAAUUACAACUCUUUUUGCAAAUCAGGUUUUGCUUAAGAAUCUUUUUACUAGGAAUAAAUUAAACACUGUUGAUGAUUUGAAUAAAGAACAAGAGGACAAACCAGAUACUGCUGAUAAAUUGAAUAAAGAACAAGAGAACAAACCAGAUACUGCUGAUAAAUUGACUGCUGACAAAUCAAAUAAAUUAGGUGAUGAUGAUAUUAAAGUGCAAGAAAGCCAAUCGGAUACAGUUAAAAAAUUGGACAAAAAACAAGGACCAAAAGUUGCUAGAAAACAUAGUCAAAGCUGGGCAAAAAAAAUUGCCAAUAUUACUGGCUAUGAAAAAACCGAUAGGAAGCCAUUAUAUUUCAUGAGAAAGCUCAAGUGA